AUGGCAUUCGCGCGUCGUCUAGCCAUUCUACCCGGAGGUCUAGGUGGACUGGGAUCCAGUAUCGGACAAAAACUACGACAGCAAGGUGCUCGACUUGCAAUUCUUUAUGCACCCUUUGAAGCUGCACGCCGCGACCAACUACUCGAGUCCGGCUACGGAAGCAGUACAGACUUCGACGACAUCCGCACAUAUGAAUGCGACAUCACAUCUCCAGAGUCUGUCCAGUCAGUCUUCGACACACUACAAAAGGAUAUAGUGGCGCCGGACUCCUCGGCUCUUGCCGACCGUGCAUUCCCAAGUAUCCUGAUAAACACAGCAGGAUACGUCUCUCUCAGCGAUAUGGAGAUCACACCACCCGAAGAGACAUUGAAGCAUUUAACAACAAACAUCUUUGGACCAAUGCUUUGCUCUCAGGCUUUUGCACGUUUGUACUUUGCUGCGUCAAAGGUAGCCGAGUCUUCUACUGCGCCUCCGCCGCCGGGUAGAAUUGUCAGCAUUUCGUCGCAGGCAGCGCAUGCUGCGCUCCAUAGACAUGGCGCUUACUGUGCUUCUAAGGCUGGAUUACUUGGAUUGACACGGAGUAUGGCUUCGGAGUGGGGAGGUCGGGGUAUUACAUCUAAUUCUGUAUCUCCGACCGUGGCGUGGACGGCUCUUGGUGAGAAGGCUUGGGGUGAGGAGACUGUGAGAGAAGCUUUCUUGAAAACUAUCCCGACUGGGAAGUUUGCAUUACCUGAGGAAGUUGCCGAUUCUGUUGUCUUCCUUUGUCAGGAUUCGAGUGGAAUGAUCAACGGCGCAGACAUCCGCGUUGAUGGCGGAUUUACGAUUCGGUAG